UGCCGGGAGCAGCGCUGGGCUUCUCCGGAGGGUCAGCCGCAGGGACCGACAGCAGCAGCAGCAGCAGAGAGAGAGAGAGGGAGGGAAGGUCACCAAGGUCAGCACAUACCUGACAGCUGCAGCCUCUGCUCUCAGCAAGACUCAUCAAUAUUCACUUCCUGUCACUUUGGAAAAAAGACCAAAAUUAAAAAAAGACAAAAAAAAAAAAAAGACACUGUAACCCAUCAGCAAGAACACUAAGCAUUAAAUACAUCUCUAUAUAUUUAAACGUAGUAGAAGCUACAGCAGCUGAAGCUGAUCCCCUGCUAACAUGAGUAGCAUGAACCAGAUAGAAACAAACAUGCAGUACACCUACAACUAUGAAGAAGAUGAGUACAUGACCCAAGAAGAAGAAUGGGACAGGGACCUGCUCCUGGAUCCAGCAUGGGAGAAACAGCAAAGGAAGACGUUUACAGCCUGGUGCAAUUCCCACCUCAGGAAGGCAGGCACACAGAUUGAGAACAUUGAGGAGGACUUCAGGAAUGGCCUCAAACUGAUGCUCCUAUUGGAAGUUAUCUCAGGGGAAAGACUACCCAAACCAGACAGAGGGAAGAUGCGCUUCCAUAAAAUUGCCAAUGUCAACAAAGCUCUGGAUUACAUCGCCAGCAAAGGAGUGAAACUUGUGUCCAUUGGUGCAGAAGAAAUUGUUGAUGGCAAUGUGAAAAUGACACUGGGUAUGAUCUGGACUAUCAUCCUUCGCUUUGCUAUUCAGGACAUUUCAGUGGAAGAGACCUCUGCCAAAGAAGGGCUGCUGCUGUGGUGUCAAAGAAAAACUGCUCCUUACAGAAACGUGAACAUUCAGAACUUCCAUCUUAGCUGGAAAGAUGGCCUUGGAUUAUGUGCACUUAUCCACAGACACCGACCUGAUCUUAUUGACUACUCCAAGCUAAAUAAGGAUGACCCUAUAGGAAAUAUCAACCUUGCCAUGGAAAUUGCUGAAAAGCAUUUGGAUAUCCCUAAGAUGUUGGAUGCAGAAGAUAUUGUGAACACUCCCAAACCCGAUGAGAGAGCUAUCAUGACAUACGUGUCCUGCUUCUACCAUGCUUUUGCUGGAGCAGAGCAGGCUGAGACUGCAGCUAACCGGAUCUGUAAAGUGCUUGCUGUGAAUCAGGAAAAUGAGAGGUUGAUGGAAGAGUAUGAGAGACUAGCAAGUGAGCUUCUAGAAUGGAUUCGCCGGACAAUUCCAUGGCUGGAAAACAGGACCCCAGAAAAAACAAUGCAGGCAAUGCAGAAGAAAUUAGAGGAUUUCCGGGACUACCGCCGGAAACACAAACCUCCCAAAGUCCAAGAGAAAUGUCAACUGGAGAUCAACUUCAACACCCUGCAGACAAAACUGAGGAUCAGCAAUCGUCCAGCUUUCAUGCCAUCAGAGGGAAAAAUGGUUUCAGAUAUUGCUGGUGCUUGGCAGAGACUUGAACAAGCUGAGAAAGGGUAUGAAGAGUGGCUGCUGAAUGAAAUACGGAGACUGGAGAGACUUGAACACUUGGCUGAGAAAUUCAGGCAGAAGGCUUCCACUCACGAACAGUGGGCAUAUGGCAAAGAGCAGACCUUACUUCAGAAGGACUAUGAAUCUUCUACUCUGACAGAAGUCCGCGCUAUGUUAAGGAAACAUGAAGCUUUUGAAAGUGAUUUGGCUGCUCACCAGGACAGGGUGGAACAGAUCGCUGCCAUUGCCCAGGAGCUGAAUGAACUGGACUACCAUGAUGCUGCAAGUGUCAAUGAUAGAUGCCAAAAGAUAUGUGACCAAUGGGACAGCCUGGGAACACUUACUCAGAAAAGGAGAGAGGCACUGGAGAGGACAGAGAAAUUGCUUGAAACGAUUGAUCAGCUUCACCUGGAGUUUGCCAAAAGAGCUGCUCCUUUCAACAACUGGAUGGAAGGUGCUAUGGAAGACCUACAGGACAUGUUUAUUGUUCAUAGCAUAGAGGAAAUUCAGAGUUUAAUCUCUGCACAUGAUCAAUUCAAAGCUACUUUGCCAGAGGCAGAUGGUGAAAGGCAGGCCAUACUGUCAAUCCAGAAUGAAGUUGAAAAAGUUAUUCAGAGUUACAGCAUGAGAAUAAGUGCAAGCAAUCCUUACAGCACCAUUAGUGUGGAUGAAAUUCGUAACAAGUGGGAAAAGGUGAAGCAGCUGGUGCCUCAGAGGGAUCAAUCCUUGCAGGAGGAACUCGCCCGCCAGCACGCCAACGAGCGCCUGCGUCGCCAGUUUGCUGCUCAGGCCAAUGUCAUUGGGCCAUGGAUCCAGACCAAGAUGGAGGAAAUUGCCCGCAGCUCUAUUGAAAUGACAGGGCCUUUGGAGGACCAGAUGAAUCAGCUGAAGCAAUAUGAGCACAAUAUCAUCAAUUAUAAACACAACAUUGACAAACUGGAAGGAGAUCAUCAGCUUAUACAAGAAGCUCUGGUGUUUGACAACAAGCACACCAACUACACUAUGGAGCACAUCCGUGUUGGAUGGGAGCUCCUGCUUACCACCAUUGCUCGAACUAUCAAUGAGGUUGAAACUCAGAUCCUCACAAGAGAUGCCAAGGGUAUCACCCAGGAACAAAUGAAUGACUUCAGAGCAUCAUUCAAUCACUUUGACAGGAGGAAGAAUGGAUUGAUGGACCACGAUGAUUUCAGAGCUUGCUUAAUUUCAAUGGGUUAUGAUUUGGGUGAAGCUGAGUUUGCCCGAAUCAUGUCUCUGGUUGACCCCAACGGGCAAGGAACUGUGACUUUCCAGUCCUUCAUUGACUUCAUGACCAGAGAAACAGCAGACACUGACACGGCUGAACAAGUGAUAGCUUCCUUCAGAAUCCUGGCUUCAGAUAAGCCUUACAUCCUGGCAGAUGAGUUACGUCGAGAGCUGCCUCCUGAGCAGGCUCAGUACUGCAUCAAGAGAAUGCCUCCCUACACCGGCCCGGGCUCUGUUCCUGGGGCCCUGGAUUACACUUCUUUUUCAUCAGCACUGUAUGGAGAGAGCGACCUCUAAUUCUGUAAUUGGCCAUAUUCAUGGUAGACACUAAAAUUACCCACCUUAUUGCCCAGAUUGCUUCUCAAAAGCUUUGACAAGCUGAUUUAAAAAAAAAAGUUUUACAAACACAGUAGGUAUUGUCAGUGUUAAGCGCUGGUAACUAAAGUAAUUAGUGUAUAGGAAAUGUGUGGCACGCUAGGUUUCUGCUUUGUUGGUUUUAGGUUGUCUGUCCUAUACAAUGUUAUAAAAUAUAUAGAAAACCCACAAGAGAUUAACUAUGGAAAUAUCCAUUCAGAUAAUAGAAUGUAAAACCUAAGAACACUGAAACUCACAAAGUACUUCUCCAUUUUCAAAAUGUUUCUAUGCCAUAUGUGCUUCUUGUAGGAUGUUCAUAAAACCACAUUAGAAGUCAUGCUUUUUUCUUUCAUAGAGCAAUAUAAUUUUUCUCUAAAGAUUUCCAAUUUUGUAUGCUUCUGCUGAUGAAAUUUAAUUAAAUAGUAAAAUGAAGUUUUUCAGGGAAGAAAUAUAUCAGCCAAGUAAAAUACAAAAAUAAUCCAGAAUGCUGGUAUUGUCUCUUAAAGAUGGUUUUCUCUUAUCACAAAGAUUUGUAAUAUAGGGGGGGUGGGGAAGUUGAAAAGCUGAUUGAAUUGCAGGUGUAGAGUUCUCCAAACAGUACUUUUCUUUUAAGCCUUUAACUUCUACAGCUGAGGGAGUACAACUUUUGUAAUCAGAAAUAAUAAGGAAGCUAAUUUCAUGUGAGCUGUUUUGUUUUGAAACCCUCAUUCUUGUUUGUGUUGGGCAGUCUUUGUUUCUCAGUAUAAGGACACCAGUCCCUUGCUGUAUCAGUGGGCAACAUUCAUCUCUAUCCUGCACCAUCCAAAAUGCCAUCUGAGCAAAUGUAGUGUGAUUGUCUUGCAGCUUUAACUGUCCAGUAUUUAGAGUCUGUCUGGAUUGCAGGCAGUUCUGUCUGUAUAAUGCUCCUGUGCACUAGUUGUUGUACUGUUGUGUUGUUGUUUUUUUUCCAUCUUGAAAAAUGAUAGGAAAGUAAAAGCAGUAACUUUUAUACUUGAAUCCUACCGACACUGAGGAAAUGCAAUGUAAUCAAACAAAACUAUUUACACAUGGUGAAGUGAGCUGUCCAGCCCAGUGCUAUUAAAGCAAUGAUGUGCCUAUUCAAUAAAGUCUGCUUUUCAAAACCUUA